GGAUUGAAGUUAACUAUGAAAAUCUAAACAUUCCACGAUGGAUGACAAAAUUUUGCUGUGAAAUCGACAAGGAUUCAAUUAAAUUUGAAUAAAUGUAAAGUUUGAUGAAUUGUGAAUUAUAGACAUGAUGCCGGAGGAAUACAACAACAUUCGUGAUGGUAACGAAAUCGCACGAGCCGCAUACCCAAUGUCCGACGAUGACAUGUUUCGAGUGCAAUUUGGUAAAGAACGCUAAAACAGUGUUGGGCAAUUUUGAUUUCUCAUGCGAAUUGGAAUAAAUUGCGGCGCCGUGCGUUAUCCACUCCGCACCGAUAGUACAUUCUGACGCGAGUGCGCCAGUAGAGUACGCAGUCGGUUGGCGUAGCGCGGGGCCCGUGGCAAACGGCGCGCUCUCCACGUACAAAACCACCUCUCGCGAAAUUCGCACGCUGCUCGCAUUCGGACUUCGGUGUGUCGCAACCCGCCUGACGUCCCCGUCUCUCGCCGCCGCCGCCGUAUCCGCGAACACGACACCCACGACGUCGGUGAACGGCACGCCGCUCUCGCCAGUUCGCCGCCCGCUGGGAGGUUAAUGCUACAACGUGCUCGUGUUGCCCAGUGUUCAGCUCGUUCUCUUCUCCGAUUCAGCGCAAACGGAAAUCCGGCGCGCUCGAGUCGAUGGCGAAGAAAAAGCGACAAGAUGAGCCGUCCACAGGCAACUCGGACGGAUCGUCCGAGAGCUCCGAGGAUCUCCGCAAUACAUUCUCCGAAUGUGCGCACGUCAACAAGUCGGUGGACCUCGGUCGCGUGAAGCGAUACAUGCAGCUGAACGCGCCGCCAAUUCGCAGCCAGUGCGAAAUGUGUAAGCCCAGUCCGCAGGAUGAGCCAGCAGCUGGUUCCAGUGCGGAUUUGGCACCCGAGGCAUCAUCACCUAUGGACGAGGUGAACGAGUACUCCUUCGAGAUAGACGACUCGCUGUGGCUGUGCCUAAAAUGCGGCAAUCAGGCGUGCGGCCGCUACAAGAACAAGCAUGCGCUGCAACACUUCAAUACGCCGCAUUCCGACCCGCACAGCAUCUGCCUGAACACCACCAAGUGGACGGUGUGGUGCUAUCGCUGUGACAAUGAGAUCAAUGUCAGCGGCAAGAAGAAGCUGCACGAGUGUGUUGAGUAUAUCAAGAAGUUUUCUGAGGGCGGGAAGUCACUCAAAUCCAAUCCUAAUAAUAUUAAAGACAUUCGGGGUGUGCUGCUUGAAGCCCAGGCAGCUAUGUCCAUUAUAGCACACAAUCACCGCUCGGAGUUUGUUGCGCGGGGUCUGAGUAACCUGGGCAACACCUGCUUUUUCAACUCAGUUAUGCAGUGCCUCGGCCACACUCCGUAUUUCCUCGAGUUGCUCGAGGAGACUGCUGUGGCCGGGCAGAAAUUCAAGCUGCCGGGUGGGAAAGUAGUGCUUGACAGUAAAUUGAAAACGACAAAAGUUUUGGCUCCGUUGGAAGGUACUUUGGAAGAAUGGAAGCCGCUGACUCACGCGCUGGCGAACACCAUCGGGGAACUACAAAGUGGGAGUCACAUUACAUUCAACCCCAGCAUUCUUUUCAACUGUCUAACUCAACGUAUGACGAUGUUCAGCGGUGGUAACCAGCAUGAUUCGCACGAAUUACUGCGUCAUUUAUUAGAUGCAGUGCGUGAGGAAGACUUGCGUCGCUAUCAAAGCGUUAUCUUAAAGCAUCUAGGCUUUAGCACGAAGACAGACCCUGCGACAGUCGAAGGCGAAAAGCGUGCGAUUAUACGUUUCUAUGGCGGACAAGCUUCGGAGCUUUUACUGCCUACGGAGCAAGUUUUCCGCGGCGUGCUUGUUUCUACGCUUAAAUGUCAGGACUGCGGCCACACUUCACAUCGCGAGGAGUACUUUCUGGACCUUAGUUUGCCGAUCUCCGAAAAACUACGCCCGCCAGUCCUGCGUCGUAAGGCUGAGGAUUCCGACGAUCACAAACCGUCCAAGCAUCAGGUGAAAAAGGAACGCCGCGCGAUGCGGAAGGCCAACAAACGCGGUUAUGGACUUUCUUCGUCUUCAAGCAACGUUGUCAUUCAAGAGUUUGAUUCCAACGGUGACGCGCCGAUGGAAUCGGAAAACAACGAUAAAUCCGACAGUCAGUCCGAUGCUGACGUGGAGGAUAACAUCGAAGACUCGACGAAUUCACGCACACCUGAGGAAGUGAGUAAAAUGCCCGGGUCUGAAUCCGGGUACAAUUCGGAUAAGACUAGUCCGGAUAAUGCGGAGAACGCUGCGAGCCCAGCUGUGGGAAUGUUGAGCGCAUCGUCUUUCACUCCGGACAGUCCUGCUACUAGCCCUGCAAGCUGUGAGACUAAUAUUGAUUUGAGUCCUGCGUGUGGACAAAAUUCUCCUACUGAAGAUGGUAAUGAAGAAAUAGAACGACCUGGUAGUAGGCUGGCGUUUGUCGGGAAUAAAAAUAACGAUUUAAAAGCAGAUUUGGCCAAACUUUCGAAAAACGGUAAGAAACCUGAUGGUGCGUAUGGCGGUGCUCCUUCCGAUGAUGAUUUACUCCUUAUGGAAGUUGAUGAUGUCGACAUGUACAGUGGGACAAUCUCAAUCCCUAACAUUGAAGAAGGCGAAUGCUCGGUGCAGUCGUGCCUAAACCAAUUCACCGCCUCGGAGCUGAUGACUGCAAACAACAAAGUCGGCUGCGAGUUGUGCACCAAGCGACAUGGCGGCCCCGAUAAGAAAACCGUGCUCACCAACGCCACCAAGCAGCUGCUCAUCUACAUCCCACCGGCGGUGCUCAUCCUGCACUUGAAACGCUUCCAGGUCUAUCACUUCCGUCCGUCGAAGAUCACCAAGACUGUCAAGUUCCCCGUGAUACUGGACAUCGCUCCGUUCUGCUCAAAACGCGCCCGCCAGCUACCAACGUUCGCGCCCGAUCAAAAACAGGUGUUGUAUUCGUUGUACGGCGUUGUGGAACACAGCGGUUCCAUUAAUGGCGGGCAUUACGUUGCGUACGUCAAAGUACGCGCUAAAAUCGCUGAGGAUAACUACCGAUGGCACUUUUUACCGAAGAACCACCGCAAUCAGGUGAACAAAGUCGUCACCGAGACCACCAGCAAUGGAAAGUGGUACUACGUGAGCGAUUCGCACUCCGCCGAGGUAAAAGAGGAGCGCGUGCUCAAUGCAUCCGCCUAUCUACUUUUCUACGAGCGUGUCCUGUAACGCACGAGCGCCUAUUAUCAUUUCAUCGCGAUUGUAUGUAUGUUCUCCGAUUCAUUUCCAACACACACACACGUUUUUGACAUUUUUAACGUUUGCGUACCACUCGUGUCUCCGACACCGGCGAAGAGGGCGGUUUCUUUUAUUGCACAUUUCGAGCCGAGAGCCACCAGCUAAUAAUUGAAAUUAUGCGCGUGCUCCUGCAAUAAUACGUACUGGCGCAAGCGGACAACGGGUAUUUAGAAAUUUGAUAAUAACUUAUUAUAUAAGGCGGGGGCUGAAAUGGGUGUUAAUCAAGUUCGAUUUGUGAUCGCGUUUAUUGCGUAGAUAAUGAUGAGAGAAGAAAGACGAUUGCGAGUGGUGUUGAAUAUUUCAGAUUAUAAAUAAUUCGGAAUAAAAUGAUGCAAAACAUUCAAAA